AUGUUGCUUCAACGUCUACAGCCUCCAUUGCGAGGCGCGAUCGCAUCCCUCUCGCGGACCGCGUGCGCCUCGGCUGCGGAAACGCAUCUUUGCGAAGCGCUCGCGCAUCUCUCGUUCAAGAAAUCUGCUUCUCCACUUGCCCCUCUCGUCGGCGUUCGUCAUGCUUCGCACGCUGCACAGGGAGCUGUCAAUAAAGCGAAAGAUGGACCGGGGAAGCGAUUGGGUGCGAAGAAAUCCGGUGAACAAUACGUCAUCCCCGGCAACAUCAUAUUCCGCCAACGCGGCACCCACUGGUUCCCCGGCGAUAACUGCGCCAUGGGUCGCGAUCACACGAUUUAUGCCACGCAGCCCGGGUAUGUGAAAUACUAUAAAGAUCCCGAGCGCCAUCCCAAACGCCAAUACAUCGGCGUGGUAUUCAAGCGCGAGCAGGUUCUCCCCUUACCGCGGAACACCAUCAGGAGACGCAGAUUAGGGAUGGAGGUUGCGAAGAUUGAGGAGCCGGAGGUAGAGCAGCCGGUCGCGGUGGAGGUUAGUGUGGAGGGAGCCGAGAAGGAGGGGAAGAAGGAGAAGAAGAAGAAGGAGAGGAAGGGGGAGGAGGGCAGAAAUCUACAGUUGCGUCCGGGCUAUAUGUACAGAGAGGCGAAUUGGGAAAUUGGAAGAGCGGCCGAGAGAGCGAAGGUUAAGGUGAGGUUGUAUAAACCGGGCGAUCGAUGGACGGCGUGGAGGAAGGCAAAUGCGAGGAAGACGAAGAAUGCGGAGAAGAGGGGUUUGUCGAGUAGGAAGAAGAAAUAG